GGCAUGGAGAGCGCGCACAGCUCGACGGCCGAGGAGGCGCUGCGGCGCUUCGGCGUGCGCGAGAGCUGCGGGCUGAGCGCCGAGCAGGUCCGCCGGAACCGGCAGAGGUACGGCGCCAACGAACUCCCUGCUGAAGAAGGAAAGUCACUCCUGGAAUUGAUACUCGAGCAGUUUGAAGACCUCCUCGUGCGCAUUCUGCUUUUGGCGGCCUUCAUUUCAUUUAUCCUGGCCUGGUUUGAGGAGGGCGAAGAAACGACCACGGCCUUCGUGGAGCCCGUCGUCAUCAUCACGAUCCUCAUUGCCAACGCGGUGGUGGGCGUCUGGCAGGAAAGAAAUGCAGAGAGUGCCAUUGAGGCCUUAAAGGAAUAUGAACCAGAAAUGGGGAAGGUGAUCCGGGCAGACAGGAAUGGGGUUCAGCGGAUCCGAGCGCGGGACAUUGUCCCGGGAGAUAUCGUGGAGGUUGCAGUCGGGGACAAGGUGCCUGCUGACAUCCGGAUCAUCGAGAUCAAGUCCACGACGCUGCGGGUCGACCAGUCUAUUCUCACUGGUGAAUCUGUCUCGGUCAUUAAACACACAGACCCAGUGCCUGACCCCAGGGCCGUCAACCAGGAUAAAAAAAACAUGCUUUUUUCUGGUACCAACAUUGCUGCCGGCAGAGCGGUCGGCAUCGUGGUCGCCACCGGGGUGUACACAGAAAUUGGGAAGAUCCGGAACCAGAUGGUGGCCACCGAGCCGGAGAAGACGCCCCUGCAGCAGAAGCUGGAUGAGUUCAGCCAGCAGCUGUCCAAGGUCAUCUCGCUGGUGUGCGUCGCCGUCUGGGUCAUCAACAUCGGCCACUUCAGCGACCCCGUCCACGGCGGCUCGUGGCUGCGCGGGGCCAUCUACUACUUCAAGAUCGCAGUGGCCCUGGCCGUGGCCGCCAUCCCCGAGGGGCUUCCUGCCGUCAUCACCACCUGCCUGGCCCUGGGCACACGCCGGAUGGCCAAGAAGAAUGCCAUUGUGCGCAGCCUGCCCUCGGUCGAGACCCUCGGCUGCACCUCCGUCAUCUGCUCGGACAAGACGGGCACCCUCACCACCAACCAGAUGUCCGUCUGCAGGAUGUUCAUUGUGGAGAAGAUCGAGGGCAUCCACUGCAGCCUGCAUGAAUUUGCCAUCACCGGCUCCACCUACACCCCCGAGGGGCAAAUCCUGAAGAACGACGGCCCCGUUCGGUGCGGACAGUACGAUGGUUUGGUGGAGCUGGCCAUCAUCUGUGGCCUCUGCAACGAUUCCUCACUCGAUUACAACGAGUCCAAGAAAGUCUACGAAAAGGUGGGAGAAGCAACAGAGACGGCGCUGACCUGCCUGGUGGAGAAGAUGAAUGUUUUUGAUACGGACACCAGCAAUCUCUCCAAAGUCGAGAGAGCCCAUGCAUGUAAUACAGUGAUCAAACAGCUGAUGAAGAAGGAGUGCACCCUGGAAUUCUCCCGCGAUCGCAAGUCCAUGUCUGUUUACUGCACACCCGUGGCCUCCAGUCACAAUUCCUCCAGCAGCAAGCUCUUCGUUAAGGGUGCUCCAGAAAGUGUCCUUGAGCGCUGCAACUACGUCCGUGUGGGCAGCACCCGCGUCCCGCUGACGCUCUCCACCAAAGAGAAGAUCCUCUCCAAAAUUCGGGACUGGGGCACGGGCAUCGACACGCUGCGCUGCCUGGCACUGGCCACGAGGGACCACCCACCCCGCAAGGAGGACAUGGUGCUGGACGACUCCAGCCAGUUCAUCAACUACGAAACAAACCUGACCUUCGUCGGCUGUGUGGGGAUGCUUGACCCUCCCCGGAAGGAGGUGACGUCGUCCAUCGAGAUGUGCCGGAAGGCCGGCAUCCGGGUCAUCAUGAUCACCGGAGACAACAAGGGGACAGCUGUGGCGAUCUGCCGGCGGAUUGGGAUCUUCUCGGAGAGCGAGGAGGUGGCGGACAAAGCGUACACGGGCAGGGAGUUUGACGACCUCUCGCCGGAAGCCCAGCGGCAGGCCUGCCGAUCAGCCCGGUGCUUUGCCCGGGUGGAGCCAGCCCACAAGUCCAAGAUAGUCGAAUACCUGCAGUCGUUCAACGAAAUCACGGCGAUGACAGGGGAUGGCGUGAAUGACGCCCCAGCUUUGAAGAAAGCUGAAAUCGGCAUUGCUAUGGGCUCGGGCACGGCUGUGGCCAAGUCGGCGGCCGAAAUGGUCCUGUCGGACGACAACUUUUCCACCAUUGUGGCUGCUGUGGAGGAAGGGCGAGCCAUCUACAACAACAUGAAGCAGUUCAUCCGGUACCUCAUCUCCUCCAAUGUCGGAGAAGUCGUCUGCAUCUUCCUGACAGCCAUUCUGGGACUCCCGGAGGCCCUGAUUCCAGUGCAGCUCCUCUGGGUGAACCUGGUGACUGACGGGCUGCCGGCCACCGCGCUUGGCUUCAACCCCCCGGACCUUGACAUCAUGGACAAGCUUCCGCGGAACCCCCGGGAGCCGCUCAUCAGCGGCUGGCUCUUCUUUCGCUACCUUGCCAUUGGAGUGUACGUCGGCUUUGCGACUGUGGGUGCAGCUACCUGGUGGUUCUUGUACGAUGCUGAAGGACCACAAGUUACUUUCUACCAACUGAGGAACUUCAUGAGAUGUACGGAGGACAACCCCGUCUUCGAAGGCGUCAACUGUGGAAUCUUUGAAUCUCGCUACCCGACCACCAUGGCGCUCUCCGUGCUUGUGACCAUCGAGAUGUGUAAUGCACUCAACAGCGUCUCUGAAAACCAGUCCCUGCUGCGGAUGCCCCCUUGGCUUAACAUUUGGCUUCUGGGGGCCAUUGUCAUGUCGAUGGCGCUGCAUUUUCUCAUUCUCUCUGUGAAGCCAUUGCCGCUCAUCUUCCAGGUGACGCCGCUUAGCUGGCCUCAGUGGGUGAUGGUGCUGAAGAUCUCGCUGCCGGUUAUCUUGCUGGAUGAAGGCCUGAAGUACCUGUCCCGCAACCAUUUAGACGGCAAGGAGACCAGGAAAUGAAUGACGUGAAGAAGCCAAGUCGCUCUACGAAAGAACUCCAACACCAAUCUGGGACUGAAAAACUUGCAUGCCGAACAUCACCGGAAGCCAGCAAGGAACUUCGCAUGUCUUCGAAGUCUCGGACUUAAUGCGGGUGAAUCGUCAGAAGAAAUGAAAAACUGAUUUUGUUUUUCUUUUUACUUUUGUUAUGUAGCUUCCCCCCUCCCCCCCUGUACAGAAUGAUGCAAAUACUGGGUAGCUAAAUUAUGGGAUGGGUGGGGGGAUUUUGGGGGAUAGAAUUUGCUCUGUCAUGGAGGCAGGGAAAACUCAGGUCCUUCGAGAAUUGCUUCUGAAGAUUGGAUUGCUCCUUCCCCCAGCCGUUUCUUUUCUCUGUCUGCUUUCGGUGCCCCAAUAACUGCAUUUUUCUCUCUUGAGGCGGAAAGGCACAGUUUGUGAUCCGUUCAGGGUGAGAUUUCUGGCCAGGCACAGCUCUGGGUGAGGCGGGAGGCGGAAGAGUGAUGCAGUGUCCCAGGCUGGGCCAGGGCAGCAAGACUUCUGUCGCAGGAAAACUAGCAGCUGGGACUGACUUGGUCGCCUUUUAUAGCUAUCAGGCGGUUGCACAUGAUUUCCUUGGGCCUGUUGCUGCUCAGUGGGCAUUUUGGCUGCUCGGAUUGGUUCCUUUAUGUCCCACCUCGGGCUAAAACUCCCCCUGACUUCCUUCAGGCCCAGGUGCUUCGGGUUCCAGAGGGAGGACGUGUCCCCAAGCUCUCGUGCCAGCCCCGCCUUGUCCUUGCAACGACUGUGUUCCCUCGUCCCCGUCCCCACUUCGCUUUCCAAGCUCUGCCGCAAGACAAGGGCCACCCGCAACUCCAGAUGGUUUGAAAAGUGCCAGAUCGGUAAAGACCGUGACGUCAGGCGCAUGGGGCCUGUGGAAGAGUAGCAUGGCCGCCUAGACUGUAUGCUUGGGACUUGUCUCUCCCUGAGAACCGGCAGUGGCCGGGUGUCUUGGAAGGCAGGGGGGCUGUGCACCCACUCCAGAUUUCAGCCAGAAUUUGAAAGGAGUUAUUCAUAGUGCUGAACCUCUUUUAGGGUCAGGGUUCAGCACCAUCACUGUGUCCUGAAACAUCCAGACUGACAUUUGCAAUGGAUACACCGCCCCACUGACAUUGGGUCACCAACCUCCACUGCAUGAGAAGUAGGGACAUGUAGGAAUAUGCAUCUUGAAUAUGCAUCUUGCCCUCUGGUUGUAUUGGACUACAAUGCCCGUAAUUCCCUAGCCAGCAUAUGGGAGACUUGGGACUAGGACUGGUGGGCGUUGUAGGCCCAGUCACUUGGUGCAACAACUAGGAAAUGGGUGAAAAUACAAGUGGAUUGCAUACUAAAUUCAUCCUUCUGGGGCCUUGAAACAAACAGGCAUGAAUUUCCUUCCGAAAGUCCACACAAUUCUGAAGUGGCUUAUGCAGUUGCAAAAAUAAGACAGAAAAACUGCAAAAUUUGUAAAAUCUGCACCAAACUUGCUCUAUUCAGUGGGCCACAGUGUACUUUACAAAAAUGCAUACAAAGAAAUUGAUUUUUAUAUAAGAAAUUCACAUGAAAAUGCAUACCAUGUUCCUGGCAGACAAAAAAUGAAAUUGCAGUCCAGCGUGGGAUGGGGAUGGGGAAAAGAUUAGCUCUGGAAAGUGAAAAUGUAUGAGAAAUUAAACUUGGCAGAUUUGUCCUAGAUUAGAAUUGAGCCACAGGCCUCCAUAGAUGCAUUUGGGUGCUGUAAGAAUGGGACAGCCAUCUUUGAUAUUUGUAGACGAAAAAGGGCAACAUACUUAAGCUUUGACAAUCGCCUUUCUAAUUUCUAAUGAUUUUUUUAAAUGGAAAGAGGAAAUCUGCUGAGCAAACCAGACAGUGGAUACUAGUAGGUACGCAAUAUGAUCUGCAGACAUUCAUGCACCUGGUGGGGAACAGUGGCAGAAAUGAGGUGCAAAUACCCAGGUGUACGGCCCUAAUUUGAAGCCUUUCCAUCUGUUAUCAGAGCAUAAUGUUUAGGGACAAAUUUCUGAAAUGCUGUGAAACCCAAUCUGAAGGUUAUCUGGCUGUAACAGGGUAUUGCUGGAGGCAGGAUGGACUUAAAUCAGCCCACUGUCUUUGAAUUCUAGACCUGUUUCUGUGAAAGAAACUUUCACCAGGCCCUGCUGGAGCUGGGCUAGGAAAAUUCCGGUGCUUUUUAACAAAUAGUUAAUGAGUUCUAGAUCUUGGUAAGACUGGUGCAAAUUCACUGAAGCGUCUCAGAGGCUGUUCUUGCCCUGGGGGAAAAGCUAGCUAAGAAGGUUCGUGUGGAGUUCAUCCAGAUUUUUAAUGCAAGGGUAACUAAUUUUGAACUAAUAUACCAGUGAAGUGGGAACUUAGUCCCAGGGCUGAAAACAUCCUUUCUGAAGCCCUAGUUGUGCCCUAGCCAUUUGCUGGUUUCCUCCUUUUGGCAUCGUGGCCCCCAUCCCGUAAGGCUGCCAUGCCUCUGCGAGGACAGGAAGACCCCCCCCCCCCCACCGAUGGCUCCCGGGCAAGAGUCUUCUCUGGCACCCAGACCUUGCCUUCAGCCCUGAACAGGACUAGACCCAUGACUUGAAAGUACUGUUAAAAUUGCAUUAUUCUAGACAAACGGCUUACAAGGCAAACACUUGCAAGUUCCCACAUGAUGUUCCUCAUGAGAUUCCAGAUUUAGUUCUACUUAGAGCAGACAGAAAGAAAUCUGUGGGACUUCGGCAAAUGGCUGAUUUCAGCCCCAUCCGAGACUGCAUUAGGUAUGGCUAAAUGUGGAUCAGAAUGAGCCAUAAUGAGAUGCCGGGGAUUGCAGAGGGGGUGUACCAGGAAUUGUCUACACAUCCCACAUCCCGCCCCAACUGUCCCGUCCCCACCCCAAAUUCCAGGCUUGGGACAGGGAGACUGGGUUCAGUUGUGUAAUUCUUGCCGUUCUCUUUGUGGGAGAUGCAAUGUCAGCCCAAUUCAGCUGGGCCCCAUCCAGCUGAAGUGGGAGCUUUGGGCCCGCUUGCACUGGUAAAUGAAUGUGGCCCCGUAGAACGGGCUUCUCGGAGAACGGCCCCUGUCCGUCAUCUCAGGGGGGGUCCCCUUGCAUUCCAGCUUUCCUGCAGCAGCACAAGCUCGGGGUAUUUGGGGUCGUGCCAGGAACACUUCUUGUACAGCAAAAUUGCCACAAUUUGGCUCAUGCUUUUGCUGCAAUGUGGGGUGCAGGGGGAGGCCAGGGCUGAGAGUAUGGGAUAGGGAAGAGGGGUAGAGAGUUUCUGCUCUCCUGAUCCAGGGACUUUUUACUCUUUUUUUCUCCAAGAGCUUUCAGGAUCGUUCACACCAGUAUCAUUCCAUGCAGACUUCAGAGCAUGGACUUGCGGAAUUGGGAUGUUUUUACUAAGCAGAAGUUGUUCUUUAAUUCAGGAAGGGGAAAGCUACAUAGUUAGCCAACAUAGCUAGUAGAUAUCCCGGUUCAGAAACGUAAGGAUGUGUUGUGUGUGGCUUGAUAUUGGAUUGCUGUUGAAUUGUGGAUUAGCAUGUUGUCUGAACUCAGCUGCAUGAAUAAGCCAUGGCUUGUAAUUGUUGGGUUGUGAAGUCUGUACAGUUCAUCAUGGUUUGUUCUUUCUGCUGUCUGAACCCAGCCAGAAUAGACCAUGGUGAAUGACCUACAAUCAUGGUUUCUCCUCAUUAGUUGUUUAUGGUUACCUGGCCAUGGCCUUGGCACUGCAAAUUAGGUUUAGACACAGUUCAACAACAACCCACACUCAACCCUUGGGUGUCGGUUACUGUAUUAUCUGAGCUCAUUUGCAUGCUAAAAAUCUGAAUCUAUGACUGUUCUUGCUGGUCAUGUGCGGACAGGUUAAAGACACAAGAGCACUUCUGGAACACAAGGUGGCAAACUGAAACAUGUGUUGUAUUCGUUUUCCUUUCCCUCCACCUGGUAUUGAACUUAAACCAGUUUUUUCGGAAUCUUUUCUGUCCUGUCUCCCACCCAGACAAGCCAUGGAGGAGUCUCUUUUCGGAGUGUGGAACUUGAGAGCCUGAAGCAAUGAAGAUUUCUUUUUUAAUUUUUGUGCAUUCUUGUGGCUUUUUAUCCUAAUUCUUUCUACUGCCCACAAGGGGCUCUCCUUACAUUCCUCCAAGUGGAGCUGCUGAUAGUAAAAUGAGCAUUUCUUCUAAAUUGGGGUGGGGGGGGGAUCUCUACCAUGCCAAAAUUGCCAGUUCCCAUUGACAAUCAAAACUGGAAAUGUUUUUUCCACCAUUCUAAUCAUACUGGUUCUUAGCACAUAUUUUAAUAUGCAUGUUAAAAUGCCUACAGUUCUCAGGGGAAAUCCAUGACUGUUAAACAAGGAUCCAGUCCAAUUUGAAUAUGUGGUAUUUAUUUUCAGGCCACAGGCCUACAUGACGGGGGCACCAGGUUGAGCACAGUGCCAAUACACUACUAUACAUGGGUGGACAUCCCAUUGAAGUGAAUGGGGCUUAACCCUGAGCAGUCCUAGCUCUGGCCACACUGUUUGAAUACGAUCCCUCUACCAGGUAUGGGUAUCCUGUGGUCCUGCAGAUGUUGGACUACAACUCCCGUCAGUCCCAGCCUGCUUAGUCAGGGAUGUUAGAAGCUGUGUCCCAACAACCUGUGCAGGGCACCAUUUCCCUUCCUCUGCUAAACACACUUCUCUUGUUUCAGUUUGUUUUUGUUAAGGAGUUACCUAAAUGCACACAUUCCUUCCUAUCCAGGGUCGAGAGAACAAGAGAAAAUUGCGAAAGUGGGAAGAAAUGAAAGGGUCUGAUGCCUCUGUAGAGGCCUGGGGAGUUUAGUUCUUGAACGUAUGGAUUGUGCUGGAUUGAGGUUGCCACAUCGUUUUUGCUAGCAGGUUCCUCAUCGAUACAUCAGGCAUGCAUAAUAAUACUGCAUAGUGGUUAGAGCACUGGACUUGAUGGAACCACGUUUUAGUCCCCCCCUCAACUGUGAAGCUUACCAGGUGAUUUUGGGCCAAUCCCUGGCUCUCAGUAGUUGUGAGGAUAAAAUGGUGGAGGGGAGCAUCUAUUCCACCUUGGAUUCCUUCCAUAUAAAUGUGAUCACCACUAAACAUGGCCAGUCUCCGCUGGACAAAGCUGUACCUGUUGAAUUUGGCCAUGCAGAUGAGUCAUUCUGAUGCAAAUUUGCUCACGUUCACCAGUGUCUUCAUAUUUAGGGCAGAAAGAACAUUGGGGUUGCAAAAAGGUGAAAGCAAAAACCUUUCGCUUAACUCUGCCUGGGAGUGAGUUUCACUGAAUGCAGCUGGACUCGUACAAGUUGCUAAUUCGUCUUCUUCCAAGGCAGUGCAUCAGCCACAGCUUCCAUUUAUAUCAAACAGUCACCCUGCAAUUUCAGUGGGCCAAAAUCUGAAAGGUGCAUCUAACCUCAGUCUAGGAUUGCUACCCUGUGGGGAGAAAUUGCUCACACGUCAGCCUCCGGGAGUCUUUGCAGGCAUGAUGUGAGAUGACAAUCUCAUAGGAAGCAAAUGCCAAAACAAUUUCCGAUCACCCUUCUGUUCCUUAUCACCAGCAUUGUAUAAAAUAAAACAUUCAAUGGUCA